CGUCACCUCCUAAAUGCGCAUGCUCUUUUGUCGGCAGCGGCUCCUACUAGCUAGAACGUAAACAAAACUGAACUAUUUACAAAACUCACAAAAUUAAUCUCUCUUAGAAAUCUUUUAAUGUUCACCAUUUGCCGAAUUGAUACCUUUUUAACUUGAUUUUACAUCAUGAGCGAAAACAAGAAGAAACGUAAAUCUGCUAGUCCAGCACGAAACUCCAAAAGACUUCGUCGUGAUUCACGACCAGCGACACUUCCCAGUGUUUCCUCCAAAGAGAUUCCAAAGUCAUUCAAUGACUGGGGGUGUAUGAAGGACCGUGAGAGGGUCCAAGAGAUCCUGCAGUCCAUGCGCAAGGCUGGCUCCAACACCCUGCAGGUGAUCUCAGAUUUUGACAUGACCCUUACAAGAUUUGAAUUCAACGGGAAAAGAUGUCCCACUUGUCAUAAUAUUCUUGAAAACAGCAAUAUCGUCUCCAGUGACUGCAAAACACAGCUGCAGGCGCUGCUCGACAAAUACUACCCCAUAGAGAUCGACACCUCACUGUCAGUGGAGGAGAAGCUGCCUCAUAUGGUGGAUUGGUGGACAAAGGCUCACGAUCUGCUGGUUAAUCAGAAGAUUAAGAAAGAUCAUUUAACCGCAGCGGUGAGAGGGUCAAGUGCCAUGCUGAGGGAGCACUAUAAGCUUUUCUUUGACCACCUACAUGAGCACAGCAUCCCCCUGCUCAUCUUCUCUGCUGGAAUAGGAGACAUCCUGGAAGAGGUGAUACGCCAGGCUGGGGUCUUCCAUCCCAACGUCAAUGUCAUCUCCAAUUACAUGGACUUUGAUGAGUCUGGAGUGCUGAAGGCUUUCAAAGGAGAGCUGAUUCACAUCUACAAUAAAAGGGAAGGUGCGCUGCUGAAUACCGGCCAUUUCCAGGAGCUGCGCACGCGGCCAAACGUGCUACUGCUGGGAGACUCUCUGGGGGAUCUAAACAUGGCUGAUGGAGUUCAGGACAUGAAGAACAUCCUCAAGAUUGGGUUCCUUAAUGACAAGGUGGAGGAGAGGAAGCAAUCAUACUUGGACUCGUAUGACAUUGUGUUGAUAAAGGAUGAAACUUUGGACGUCCCUAAUGCAGUUCUUCAGUAUCUCACUGGCAGUGAUUGAACCGUGAUGGCCCGAGAGUGAGCCACUCACAGGCCCAGUUGACAGCAAUUUAUCUUUCUUUUUUUUUAAUUUGUAAUUUUAGGUUCAGUGUUUUAAAUAAUUCAGUGGUCUUGUGUUUUCGGUACUAGUUGUGAAUAAAAAAAAAAAUUAACUUUAAAAUUAAGCUGCCUCUUCUUCUUUCAGCUACUGCCCUUAGAAAUCACCACAG